CCGAGCCGCACACCGCGCCCGCAACAUGUGAACCAACCAUGCGAUCGUACAAAAAAACUUAUAUAACUUAAAACUUAUAAAAUAAACUCCUUACUUAUAUUUCUCACCACCAUCUGUGAGGCUGCAAAGCAAUACCACACUUACGCUAUCAUUAAAAUAAAGUUUAAAGUAGUUUUUAAAGUUUAACACCAGUAUUAUUACGUGUUAGUUAUCGUCGGUAUAGUUGUUGUUGUGCUUACUGUCUACUUAUCAAAGAUGGGCCAAUAUAUCGUCCCCGUGCUGCUCCUAGCGAUUGUGGCACUCUCCUCCAGCAAAGGGAAUGUUCUUCCAGUGUCCAUAAAUGACUUCAACAGAGAACAACUCGGCUAUGACAGCCAUAACGACAAUACAUUUAAUGAUAGAUUUGAAAGAAGAAAUGUACUUGAUCAAAUAUACAAGAUGUAUGUCGCACAACAGCUAAAACCAGAAUCGGUAAAUGAUUUACGACCCAAAUACGCAGAUGAGGACAAUAAUGAGAAUGAUGAUAUUUUCAAUAUUCUUAGCAAAAACGAUAACUACAAUGGAGAGGGUUUCCGGAAAGAACAGUGGCAUAAUUAUCCGAGACAAUUGGAUCGCCUCCACAACUUCUAUGGACGUGAUACCGACAAAAGGAAUUUCGACCCCGACCCGAAUAAAGAACGAUACACUGAUGAAAUUGCACCUGAUAGAACCAACGAAAUUUACUUAGACAGCAAACCUGCUACGAAUAAUGUCUACGAUGCAGUGGCAGCUGCGCCUAACCCUUUACUUAUAUUAGAAAUGCGUUUAGCAUGCUUAAAUAAAGAUAUUGGUAACGCCAAUACCCAAUAUGGUAAUCUCAUAGAUACUGGACUAGAAACUAAUGUGAGAGAGGACGAUAAGAAUGAAUUCAGGAAUGAAAACCCCGAAGUGAGCGUAAUUAAAGUGAAACGAGAAGGUGUAACUAGUUCACAAAGUGACGAGUCAACAGAUAAUCAAACGCAGAACAAAGCAGUGAAUAAAAGGAUCUUCUCGCUAUGGAGUCGUCUGCAGAGCCUCAACCACAAAGGUCAUGAGCUUGUAGCACAUCGGCGACAUCUACAUUCGUUCGCCGGUCAUCUUGAUUCUGAUGGUGGAGGAGCCCUCACUGCAGAGACUCGUGCCACAUUUCUACGACCCCCAGGCUCCCCACUUAGAUGGGGAUAAAUCUACAAGGAAUUGUUGAAAUGGCUUUUAUAAUUUCCUACUAAUUUGCAGUAACGCAUUAGUUAAACGAGGAACGUGAUAAGUAUAUCGGAUGAAAGUAGUCCCAUUGUUAAAAUAGUAGCAAAAAAAUUGUAACUGGCUGAAAUUGGUCUAUUUAGUACGACUUUUUUUUUAGAACCGCAACGCUUUUAUAUGAUAUUAAUUAUCUCUGGCCAGUUAUAUCAUUGUCUAGUGAUAGAUGUGUGUGUUAACGACAAAAAUUUGUAUUUAAAGCAAUAAUAUUAAUUGGAAUGCUCACGUUUAUACUAUGCUCGAUUAGCAGAAUAUAAAAACUCAUGUUUCUUUACAUGUGCUUGAAUUUAAUAAGAUAUUUAAUUGAAGAAAUAUUUAACUCUCCGUUUGUAAUAGUUACUCGAAAAAAAUAUUUUUAGUAAGUAUAAAAAAUGGGAUCCCUUAAAAUGCUGAAUAGUACAAUAAAACGACCAAAUGUUUGCUAUCGUUUUUGAUGGUUGUCUGGUAGUAAAUAACAAUUUAUAACAAAUACUUAUAUUGACUGUUUAUACAUACGAGAACAAUAUUACUUUAAGUAGGUACCUAUGUUAAUCGAAUAUUAGAUUUUAAAAACUGACUGUGGACAGUACUGUACUCUCACUUUCGUUCUUGUGUGCAAAAUUUCAAUGCUUAUUGUCUUCUGAACUUAAAAAAACUAUUUGUUAAUAAAUAAUCCAUAGAAUAUAUUUAUAUAACUUCCACGUCUAUUGUGUCUAUAAGGUUAA